CUUCAAGUAUUCCGAAGUACGUGUGUUCCGAAGUAUGACUAAGAACUUUAUGUGUUCUGUCUUUCCGUUUUUCUUCGCGGAAAAUGUAGGGUUUGUAGACAUAUGAUUGAAGUAUGCAGGACUGAUGUCUCGGAGAACGUGGGGGAAGGCGAAGUAACGUUCGAGAUCUAUGAGAUCACCCUAAACUUUUUCGGUUCUCUUUGAUGAGGUCUAUUCGUAAAAUUAGUAAAUUACCAAAUCACCUACAUUAAUUGUUGGUCAAGUUCACUUGUUAUAUGUGAAUAAGCUGGUGGUGAUGCAAGCUGCUCAAGAUAGCCCUGCUGUUAAAAACAGAAAAAGACGAGUUAGUACUGCUCAUGCACGACGCCGAGCAAAAGUUUACUCGAAUGCAGUUAAAAAGGAAGUGCUAGAAGAGCAAAUUGCAGAUGAAUUAAGGAGUUCUCAUGAGUCUGGUCUGGCCAGUGGAUCUACAGCUUUCUUGAAAGGAUUGUUGUCUGAGACUGAUAGUCUUCCAAAGCGUAUAUCUGAACGAUAUCAAAUACAGAGAGAAAACAGUGAUUGGAUUUACAAGACAUUCAAAAGGAAGGAAUGUAUCCAUCAUGUUGAGGACAAAGCAAAGCCUGGAUUAUGCUGUUGUGGUCGCCCUGAAAAUCAGCAUAGCAAGUUGACCACUGUUCAAGAAGAAAAUGAAGAGCUUGAGAUAGCUCAUGAUGUAGCUGAAGAUAGUGACUGUUCUAGUGACAGUCAGCCUGAGGGUGUGUUAAAUACAAAAGAAAGGGUCCAGUACACCAAGAGUGAAGGUUUGCCACCAUCGACGAAAACCAGUAGAUGUGAAGGGAAAGUUUAUGGAAUAAAGACAGGACCUGAAAACUGGUCACCAAAAGAUGACAUAAAAGAGUUUCCAACAAAUGGCUUUGGUCAGAUAAAGUUUGUAAAUGCAUACAGUUCAUCUUUGACCCCUGCCAAGUACAUACGUCUAGCAGACAACACAAGGCCAGAGUUGACAUUAGAGCUUAUGGUGCGACAGUGGAAGUUACAGAAGCCAGACAUUGUAAUAUCAGUACAUGGAGGUCUGAAAAAUUUCAAGCUUGAUCCUCACCAUAAAGAGAUCUUCAAUAGAGGCCUCAUUAAGGCAGCUAAGACAACUCACAGUGGUGCUUGGAUAAUAACUGGUGGUGUAAAUCUUGGUGUGAUGAGGGCUGUAGGUCAAGCUGUGCAGGAGGGUCAGUCCAUGCAUUGGGGAGGGUUAUCAAGUCGCCGGCGCAUCAGAUGCAUAGGUAUUGCGACAUGGGGAUAUAUAGAGAGAAAUGAGCACUUGAUUAGCCCACUGGAGGGCAAGGGAUGCUAUCCAGCAACUUACAGGGUAGAGCAUUCAUUUGAGCGAGGGAAACCUGUGUCCCUCAAUCCAGAUCACAGCCAUUUUCUUUUGGUGGAUGAUGGUACACAGGGGCAAGCAGGAGCUAAAGAAGUUCAAUUUAGGACACGGCUGGAGAGAGUCAUUGCCAACAAACCUAAUAUUCAGAGACAAAAGUUUGGGUUUGGGGUUCCUGUGGUGACAGUGAUUGUUGAAGGAGGAGAGGAUGCACUGAAGGCUGUCAAAGCAUCUGUGAAGCAUGGCAUUCCAGCAGUUGUGGUGGAAGGAACCAAGAGAGCUGCUGAUAUCUUGGCUUUUGCACAUCACAACUGUGUCCCUGGAACAGUGCGCCAAGUAAAGAAAGAUCAGCUACCUCGUCUCACUGCAAAAAUCCGGGAAUCUUUUCCAAAGUUUGCAGGCGAUGAAAGUUAUGUCCAGAAAAUUGUAGACAUUGUUAACAGUUGUGUUUAUGAUGAGCAUCUGAUCACUGUCUACAAGAUCGAUGAGAAAAAUAACCUUGACCUUGACCUAGCCAUUCUCAGUGCCUUGCUCAAAGGGGCUGGCAAUGGUGAUCCAGGGAAAUCCGAUUUACUCGGACAGGGUGCCAAUCGAAUGGAUCAGUUAAAACUGGCAUUAACGUGGAAUAGAGUUGACAUGGCUGAAGAAAAGAUAUUUACUCCUGAUGCUGACUGGCCUAGCGAAAGCCUCGAUGAUGUCAUGCUAAAUGCUCUACAGCUGGAUCGUGUUGAUUUUGUAAGGCUUUUUCUAGUAAAUGGAGUCAGUAUGAGAGACUUUUUGACUGUUCCAAGGCUAAGGAAACUUUACAAUUCGGCAGAACCUGGAAGUCAUCUAUACUCUCUCCUAAGGAACAUUGCUGAUGUUUCUGAAGGGCCAUACUCCCUUAAAGACAUUGGUGUGCUUAUCAAAGAACUUAUUGGUGCUUAUUAUGAGCCAAUGUACCAGGUUGAUACACCCCAUGCCAACGCCCUGGCUGCAGGAGUUGCUGGCCUGUUUGGAGUAGCACCUUACACGGGGGAUAAAUCUGAUGGAGAGAAUGGUUCUUUGUGCCAAUCGGCAAAAUUUCAGCCUUUAGAUAAAACUUUUGAAGUGCAGAGGGCCUACAAUGCCACGCGGUUUGAGAAGCCUUUUAGAGAGCUCUUCUUAUGGGCAGUAUUAAUGAAUCGAUAUAAACUGGCAAGAUUCAUGUGGGAGAAAGGAGAAGAAGCUGUGUCUGAUGCAUUGGCAGCGAGUAGAUUGUUUCAAGCCAUGCAUGAUCAAGUUGAAGAUGACUAUUUUGAGAGCAAGAGGGCAUUGAAGCAACACGCAGUUGAAUUUGAAACGUUAGCCCUUGGUGUUCUUGAUGUGUGUUACAACGAAGACGAAGUGUUGGCAGAGAUGUUGGUUGAGAGGGAGAUACCCAAGUGGGGUGGUAUGAGCCCCCUUAGCUUGGCAGCUGCAGCGAAAGCAGAGCAAUUCCUAGCACAUCCAUGCUGUCAAUCAAGUCUGAAUAGCAUUUGGAAGUCACGUGGUAUGCCUGGAGUUCAGUACUGGAAGGUAAUCCUUGCUAUUAUCUGCCCACCAAUGAUUCUUAAGAUCUUAUUCUAUGACGACGAAAAUCACAGCUGGUCGGUGCCCCUGUGGAAAAAGGUCCUUAUCUUCUACAAUGCUCCAAUAACAAAGUUCUGGUCCCAUCUGGGAAUGCACUUGUGCUUUUUAGGAUUGUAUGCUUUUGUAAUUUUAUUCUCAUUUCAUAAGUCUUGGCCUUCCAUCUAUGAAAUUGUGCUCUUGUGUUGGAUUGGUGUCAUAAUUAUGGAUGAAAUUAGACAAGUCGUGAAUCAAGAGACAUCCACUUUUAAAAGCAAGUUGGAACUAUAUUUUAACACCUACGUAAACAUUGUGGACACAUUUGCGAACGCAAUCGCUCUCAUUGGUUUUAUCCUACGGUUUUUCGAUGUCACAUGGGAAGCAGCCCGUGUUUUGUAUUGUGUGAAUUUCGUCAUUUUCUCCUUCAGACUUUACAGAGUGUAUUUUGUUAGUGGUUACCUGGGGCCAAAGAUUAUUAUGAUAAAAAGAAUGCUUGCAGACGUUAUGAUGUGGCUUUGUCUCUUGUUGGUGUUUGUGUGUAGUUAUGGUGUGUUCAGGCAGGCGUUGUUCUUUGCUAACAAAGAGCCAUACUGGGGUGUGAUUAAUGAUCUGUUCUACAAGCCUUACUGGCACGUAUAUGGAGAGUUGUUUGUUGAUCAGGAAGUUGAGCAAGGCAAGCUUACUACGGGCGAAAUUCCUUUGCAUGAUGGAGAACAUCUAAAGUGGAUUCAUCGCAUAUUCAUGGGUGGAUAUUUACUCAUCACCAACGUGCUUCUUAUCAAUCUUCUUAUUGCUAUCUUCAGCAACGUGUUUAACGAGGUUGAGCUUCACUCGUAUCAGAUAUGGAAGUACCAGUACUACAAUCUUGUUAUGGAGUACAACAAACACCCACCUCUGGCUACACCUUUCGCUUUUAUUUUCCAUCUUGUCGAGUUUGUGCGGUGGCUUGUGAGGAAGUGUAGAAAGCAUAAUAAAGUCUCUCCUAAGUUUACUGCAGAGGAUCUUGAACUGCUAAGACUCUUUGAAAUAGAAAGUGCAGCCAACUAUCUACAGCGCAUUGAGGAGGAAAAGAGAACUGGUACAGAGGAGAGGGUUAGGAGAACCAGUGAAAGGGUGGAGCAUUUGGUGAAGAAAGUCACGGAAUUACAAGAAACUCUUCAACGUCACCUCACAAAUACCAAGGGGAGUUUUCAACAGAGCAAUCUUAAUUCUAGUUAACAGCAAUCAAUGAGCGAGGUUGGGUGGGUGUUCAUAGAUAUAUAUAUGUUAUUCACCAGACGGGAGGUCCGUAGUGGGAAAAACCGGGCCCGAGGUCUUGGAUACCGCCCGAGGCCGUAGGCCGAAGGCGGUACACAAGGCAGAGGGCACAGUUUUUCCCAAUACGGACCGACUUUGGCUGGUGAAUAACAUUUUUAAUUUUUCUAAGACCUAACAAAUGGUUGCGAAUAGAACCGCCCGCUGUGAGCGGGCCGGGUGGGGAGAAUACUGCCCGCUCUCGGAACCAAUCAGAUUACAGGAUUUGUAGAAUACCGCUCGCUCACGAACUGAGAAAAAAAUAAAGCGUAGAUAUCAGUAACGAAAAAGCAAGAUAUCGAGUUAAGUAUUUUUUCCAGUUGCGUCGCUUCGAAGUUGUUUCACUUCAAAUCGAAAGUUGUUUUACCACAAAUCUAGAGCGACGUAUGGAAAGAGAGACUGUUGUGUAAACGUUGCACGAAUGAGGAAGAGCUAUUCUCUUUGCAGCCACUGUUCGCUCACGUUAACUUAUAGAUAGCUCAGAAGCGUAGUCAGUAAAGUAGCCAAUCAGAUAACAGCUUUUGUGAUAACACGCAACUAGAUUUAAAAGAUUAAAUUACAUCUAGAACAUCGGACGUAAAUUUAUUGAAAAUAAACAAUGUUAGAUAUGAUAUAGGAAAAAUGAAACAAUUGAAUCCGAACUAGUUUAAAUCAUUUUUGAGACUUCAGAUAAGUCACCACACGUCUUGGUGUGUGUUAUGAUAUUUGUCAAUCAGGGUUUUAAUAUAGAUAUUUACAAGUUUAGACCACUUUCUUCUCAAGUAUGUUCUGUUUUAUCUAGAUGUCACUUUACAAAUGAGAAUAAUCUAUUAUUCAGCUACACAUAUACCACACUACUUACCUUAUACAUUAUUAAAAAGACAUUAUAAAACCAUUUACUCUUACCUUCACAACAAUUUAUUUGCAUCCUUCAGUCAUACUAGCAAAC